UAUAACAUGAAUGUACUUGCAUUGAACUAUUUCCUUGUUUGUGUGUGGGACCAAAAAUGCUUAUGUUUCCAAAUGUAAACAAAAACGAUAUGAAAUCAAGUUCCUGUUUGACCGUUUAAACGGUUUUAUUAUUUCCGAUAGUCACGAACGCAGCAUCGGUGACAUCAUCAUCAUCUUCAUCGUCUGCCGAGCACCACCAUUGUGUGUCCUGCCUUUCAUUACCCAAGUCCCCAAUUAACGUUGCGCCAUCAUGGACCAGGACCAGGACCAGACUGGCAUGGAGCUCCGAGGUGACGCCAACAAAGAAGAUUCGCCGAGCCAAGCCGAACCUCAGUGCCCGGCAGCGGAGGCUGAUGCGACGGAGGCCGAUGUGAGCGAAGUGGUUCUGGACCAGGACCAGGAGAAGCAGCCCAUGACCGGAGGAGGAGAUGCUGCUCUUGCUGCCCAGGAGGAGAAGAACGGCUUCGUCAAGGUGAAGAUGGAGGAGGAGGAGGAGAAGUUCACUGGUCUGAACAAGGAGGAGCUGCUGCGAGUGGCGGGAACACCAGGGUGGGUGCGCACGCGCUGGGCGUUGCUGGUUCUCUUCUGGCUGGGCUGGUUGGGCAUGCUGGGCUGCGCCGUGCUCAUCGUCCUGCAGGCGCCGCGCUGCAGGGACCUGCCUGACACCUACUGGUGGAACCAGGGACCGCUCUACCAGAUCGGACGCAUCCGGUCCUUCACGGACGCGGGAAACCUCAAAGGUGUGCAGCACAAAGUGGAUGCCCUGUCUAAGCUCAAGGUCAAAGGUCUCGUGAUCGGGCCCGUUCACGUGGCGCCACCGGACGACGCCAUGAGUCUGAGCUUCGAGGAGGUUUCGCCCGAGGUCGGCAGCUUGGAGCAGUUCAAAGACUUGCUGCAUGCCACGCACAGGAAGGGCAUGAUGCUGGUCCUGGACCUCACACCAAACUACCGUGGUUCCACCGGCGCCUGGUUCUCCAAAAUCAGCGUGACUGUCGUUGCUGAGAAGCUGAAGUCUGCGUUGGUCUUCUGGUUCAACCAAGGCGUGGACGGCGUGCAGCUGUCUGAGGUGGAUCAUGUGGCCUCCAUGGUUCCGUCCCUGUGGGCCGACAUUCGGGCCAUCGUCCAAAACGGGACCAACGAGCGUCCCACUAAGAGGGUUCUGAUGGGCGUCACGGAGCACCGCUCGGCCGACAACGUCUCCGACCUCUUGUCCUCCACCGGGGUGGACCUCCUGACUUCCAAUGUCCUCCUGCCCGCAGACACGGCCGAGUACACUCAGUCCAUUUGGCGCUUAUAUUCGGCCCACAAUCAGACCCAGUUGGCGUGGAAUGUCGGGGGGCGGAGUCAAGGUCACCUGGCCUCGCUGGGCGGCCCGGCGCUGGUACGACUUUACCAGCUCUUCCUCUUCACGCUGCCCGGGACACCGGUGGUCAACUAUGGGGAUGAGAUCGGCCUAAUGGACGGGGACACCAAGUUUCCCAAAAUGCUUUGGGGCUCAGAGGAGGAUCUUAAUGGGACACUGGAGGAGGAGCGCGAGCGCCGCGCAUCGUGUCGCGGUUUCUUCCAAACUCUCAGUGAGCUGCGUGGGAAAGAGCGCUCCCUGCUGUUCGGAGACUUUGUGCCACUCUUCAACUCGUCCUCCUCGCUGGCGUUCAUGCGCGUCUGGGAUCAGAGCACACGCUACAUCGCCGCCAUCAACUGGGGCGACCAGGACGCCAAGCUGGAGUUGAUCCACAAGACCCUGCCCCCGCUGGCCGAAGUGGUCCUCGCCACCAACACGUCAGUGGACACCCACGUGGACCCGGCCGGGCUUCAGCUGGGCGCCAGAGAGGCUGUGCUCCUCAAGUUUCCUUACACCGCUUAGAACCUCAACGCCUCGAACGUGACGUCGCUUUUAGUGUGCUAGCUGUGUGCUAAUUACUGUGAAACUAAUCACAAUAAAUAACUGUGAGCUGCCGUUGUCAUGUGACCACAUUUGAUUAUUUUCCUACAUUUGGCUCUGCUUAGCAUCUUCAAAUAUUUCUAUUAA